UUAUAGCGUGGUCUUUUGGAGGGGUUUUUCCUAGUUUCUUCUUCGGUAUAGCUGGCUUUCCUUUGUGUUUGUGAGCUUGCCCCAUCAACCAACCCCACAUGGCCCCGUUCCUCUCUCUCCUCCUCUUCUUCGUCCUCGUCUCCGCCGCCGCCGGCGGCCACCGCUACGACCACCACGGCCACCACUUCCCCCAUCCCAACCCAGAAAUCUCCGCCGCCCCGUUGUCCCAGAUCCGCCAGGCCUGCAAGGCCACCCGCUUCCCGGACGCCUGCGAGUCGACCGUCUCCCAGUCCCCUUCCCUCCCUCCCAAUCCCUCCCCCUCGGACCUCAUCCUCGCCGCCGCCAACGCCUCCGCCGCCGGCCUCUGGACCGCCCGCUCCAUGCUCCAGUCCAUCCUUAACGCCUCCGAGAAAGCUUCCAACCUGAACCGCACCAACACCGCCCGCAUCUGCCUCGAGGUCCUCUCCUACUCCGAUCGCCGCCUCUCCGCCGCCUUCUCCCGCGCCCUCCCCGCCGGCGCCCUAGCCGACGCCCGCGCCUGGGCCAGCGCCGCCCUCCUCUACCAGUACGACUGCUGGUCCGGCCUCAAAUACGUCAACGAUACCACCCAGGUCUCCGACGCCAUGGCCUUUCUCGCCGGCCUCGCCAACCUGACCAGCAACGCCGUCGCCAUGCUCGCCGCCCUCCAGCGCUACGGCCCCGACAUCGCCCGCUGGGGCCCGCCCCAGACCGAGCGCGACGGCUACUGGGCCGACCACGUGGUCUCCUCCUUCGCCGCCGCCGCCACCGCCGCUGGGACGACGGGGCACCUGCCGUCGGAACCCAACCCGGACUUCACGGUGUGCAAGGGCGGGGGUUGCGGGUACGCCACGGUCCAGGCGGCAGUCGACGACGCGCCGGAGGGGGCGGCCAGCCUGUUCGUGAUCUACAUUAAGACCGGGGUCUACGAGGAGACGGUCCGGGUGCCGUACGAGAAGACGAAUCUGGAAUUCGUCGGCGACGGCAUGGGCAAAACCGUCAUCACGGGAUCUCUCAACGCCGGCAUGGUCGGCGUGACCACUUACAACACGGCAACUGUCGGGGUCAGCGGCGACGGAUUCCGAGCCCGGAACCUGACCAUCGCCAAUACGGCCGGGCCGGACGCCCACCAGGCCGUGGCCUUCCGCUCCGACAGCGACCUCUCCGUCCUCGACACCGUGGAAUUCCUCGGCCACCAGGACACCCUCUAUGGCCACUCCCUCCGCCAGCUCUACCGCAACUGCCGCAUCUCCGGCACCGUCGACUUCGUCUUCGGCAACUCCGCCGCCGUCUUCGACAGCUGCCUCAUCCUCUUCCUCCCCCGCCAGCUCAACCCGGAGCACGGGGAGUCCAACACCCUCGCCGCCCAAGGCCGCACCGACCCCGCCCAGUCCACUGGCUUCGUCUUCCACCACUGCGUCGUCAACGGCAGCGACGACUACAUCGCGCUCUACCGACAGAAGCCCGCCGUCCACCGGGCCUACCUCGGGCGGCCAUGGAAGGAGUACUCGAGGACGGUGUUCAUCGACACCUACAUGGAGUUCAUUGUGAGGCCGGAAGGGUGGCUGCCGUGGGACGGCGACUUCGCGCUCAAGACGCUCUUCUACGGCGAGUUCGGGAACUCGGGGCCGGGGGCCAAUGCGUCGGCGAGGGUGCCCUGGAGCAGCCAGAUCCCGGCUGAGCAUCUCGGGGCCUACACGCUGGAGAACUUCAUACAGGGAAAUGAGUGGAUAGGCUCCAAUGGAGCAGUAGGAGACGUUUGGAGGAGGCGGUAAAUUUGAAUUUAUAAAUGGUGACAAAAAAAUAAUAAGGUAACAAAGGUGUUUAGCCGAUCAAUUUCUCUGCAUGUUUUAUUGGCACGUAUGCAUGUAAAUAAUUUUGCUAAAUUUGAUGCAGAAGAGAGGGAUGAUUCUUA